ACGUACUAUGCCUUGUCAAUGUCAGUUUAUUAGGUGGGUUUUAGUUGUGUAACAUUUUGAGAUUUUGAUUAAUGUUUAUUUUUUUAACAUAAUGAACUACGUAUGGAGACGUAUCAUAAAUCCUGUCUUUAUUCGUCGCACCACAAAACUACAAAAUAUAACAAAUAAAUCUCUACACCACUUAGUAAAUAAAAAUAUAAACAUAACCUCAAAUUUAUUAAGCGAUAAUUUAAAUUAUGUUAAUAUUGUUCGAUAUAAAUCUAAGAAGCCAAAUCGACAUGACUCAGAUGAUGAAGAUGAAGACUAUGAUGGAGAUUCGUCUCUUAAGAAAGAUUCAAAAGUAAUGAAAUUCUCUACCACUUCCUUGAGAACAGAUGCUAUACUUAAAACCGCCUUAGGAGUAGCAAGAAAUAAAAUAGAACAGAUAUUUUAUGAAAGCAAAAUUAGAAUAAAUGGGAAAAAGAUACUCAAGAAAAGUGUUUCAAUCAAAAUAGGAGAUGAAAUAGAUGUUAUAAAAAUGGUUAGUCCAAACAACCCAGACCAUUUGUAUGUGGCUCGUGUAGAAAUAUUAAAUAUAGUCGCCAAAGAGGAUAGUAUUGGAAUUACUGCAAGAAGAUUUAAGAAUUUAUUAAUUGAAAAUUAUGAAGAAGAUCCAUACAAAAUUGGUUCCACAGAAAUAGACUCUUAAAACUUAAUAAAAAAUUAAAUUGUAAAUAACUUUAUAUUAAUAAAUAAAUAAUAAUAAUGUUAUCAUA